AUGGCGACACCCAACCCUGAGCUGAGGAGGCAAGUCAUUGCCAUCUACAAAGAACUGCUGCACCUGGGCCGAGAGUACCCCUUGGGCUACCGCUAUUUCCACGCCAGGCUUCACCAUGCCUUCAUGUCGCGUGCCGACGAGCGGGACGAGGACAAAAUAGUAGCAGCCAUCGCGCGCGCUGAAUACGUCAAAAAAGAAGUUGAGACACUAUAUUAUCUCAAACGUUACCGCACCCUGAGGAAGCGCUAUGAUCCCGAGGCGUAG